AGCAGCCUCCGUGUAGGUGACGUCGAGUGUUGUUGGCCAUGAUGGCGUCGUCCACAGAGCAGUGUCUCCUGGAGCUCACUGAUAAGGAAACUCGGGAGAAACUGUCACAGUGGGAGCGUCGCGCUGAUCCAAUGGCGCCGUUAACGGACAAACAGACGGACUCGGUUCUGGAGAUCCGCGCAGCCGCAGAAGUGACGCUUCUUCCAGCUGAGCUGCCCAUCGAGGACAUCUGCGGCCUGACGUCUCGCUCCCUGCGCUCGUCGUUCACAGCCGCUCUGCCCGAGUCCACUGAAGAAGCUCUUCUGCAAGGCUUUCAGAUGCUGGACUUGGAAAAUGACCGGAUCGAGACGGCUCAACAGUUUUUUUCCUGGUUCUCAAAGCUGCAGGUUCAGAUGGAUCAAGAUGAAGCCACUAAAUACAGGAAGACCCGAGAUGUUUUGAACGGCUAUCAGGAGCAGUGCGAUGCCAUUUUAAACGACGUGAACGCUGCUCUGGAGCACCUGGACUCUCUGCAGAAGCAGUAUCUGUUUGUGUCCACCAAAACAGGGACGCUUCAUGAGGCCUGUGAACAACUGCUGAAGGAGCAGUCGGAGCUGGUGGAUCUUGCCGAGAGCAUUCAGGAGAAACUGUCAUAUUUUAAUGAACUGGAAAACAUAAACACGAAACUCAACUCGACGACGUUAUCGGUGAACAGCGAGGGAUUCAUUCCGAUGCUUUCCAAAUUAGAUGAGUGCAUAGAAUACGUUUCAUCACAUCCAAAUUUCAAAGACUAUCCAGUCUAUCUCUCCAAAUUCAAGCAGUGCCUGUCCAAAGCCAUGCAGCUCAUCAAGAGCCACACUGUCAACACUUUGCAGAACCUCACGGGUCAGCUGACUAAAAGGGACCCGCUGGGCGCUCCAAACGCAGACAACGCCUUCACACUCUACUACGUGAAGUUCAGAGCAGCGGCGCCUAAAGUUCGAAGGCUCAUUGAGCAAGUUGAACAGCGGUCUGAAAUAAUCCCAGAGUAUCAGCAGCUCUUGGACGAGAUUCAUCAGUGUUAUUUGGACCAGAGAGAAGUUCUGCUCAGUCCCAGUAUAAACUCCACCAUCACGGACCUCACCAGCCAGAACAGCAAGGAUCACUGCGCUCUGGUGCGCAGUGGCUGUGCGUUCAUGGUCCACGUUUGUCAAGAUGAACACCAGCUUUACAAUGAGUUCUUCUCCAAACCCACGUCCAAACUGGAUGAGCUUCUGGAGAAACUCUGCCUGUCCCUGUAUGACUUCUUGAGGCCUCUGAUCAUCCAUGUGGUCCAUCUGGAGACGCUGUCUGAGCUCUGUGGCAUCCUGAAGAACGAGAUGCUGGAGGAUCAUGUCCUAAACAACGUGGUCCAGCUGGCAGCGUUUGAUGCAUUAGUGAAGCAGAUGCUGGAGGACGUGCAGGAGCGUUUGGUCUACAGGACACACAUCUACAUCCAGACCGACAUCAUUGGGUACAAUCCUGCACCAGGAGACCUGGCCUACCCCGACAAACUAGAGAUGAUGGAGAAAAUCGCUCAGAGCCUGAAAGAGGAGCAGAUGAAGCAGACCUCAAGCUCUUUCUCCGACGUUCAGCUGGAGGAGUCUGAUAACAGGAAGCUCAUCAGCUCUGAUCCUCGAGCGCAGACCACAGUUUCUCCUGCAGAUCUUCAUGGCAUGUGGUAUCCGACUGUCCGACGAACACUAGUCUGCCUGUCCAAACUCUACCGCUGCAUAGACAAGGCAGUGUUUCAGGGUCUGUCACAGGAAGCGCUGUCCGCCUGCAUCCAGUCUCUCCUCAAAGCCUCGGAUGUCAUUCAGAAGAACAAGACUCAAAUAGACGGGCAGCUCUUCCUUAUCAAACAUCUCCUUAUCAUGCGCGAACAGAUCGCCCCGUUCCACGCUGACUUCGCCAUUAAAGAGAUUUCUCUGGAUUUGAAGAAGACCAGAGACGCCGCUUUCAAAAUCUUCAAUCCCAAGGCUGUGCACCAUUUCUUCCGGCUGAACAGCCAUAAUGCCAUCCUUGAGUUUCUGCUGGAGGGUUCGCCGGAGAUAAAAGAGCACUACAUCGACUCCAAGAAGGACGUGGAUCGACACCUGAAGUCCAGCUGUGAGCACUUCAUCCAGCAGCAGACGCACAUGUUUGUGGGAAACCUGGAGGAGUUCCUCAGCAAGGUUGCAGCUUUAAAAACGAUGGCGGUUCAAGGAGGGCCGACGUACAACCUCUCGCAGCAGCCCUGGGCUCAGCCUGCCAAAAUUAAUGACCUUGUGAUGACCACCUAUCGGAUCCUGAAGAACAAGCUGCCCAUCACCUUACAAAGCCUGUCGUUGUAUCUGGCCAAUAAGGACACAGAGUUCAUUCUGUUCAAGCCGGUCAGAAACAACGUUCAGCAGGUGUUCCAGAGACUGCAUGCGUUCCUGCAGGAGGAGUACAGCGGAGAGGACCUGCAGAUCAUCGCAUGUCCCUCCAUGGAGCAGAUCAAUCUGCUGCUGUCUGUGAAGUAGAUCUUCCGUCCUCGGACCACGACAGCGCUGGGAAAAGAGACGGAAAACCUCCCUGAGAGGGCUUCGUCCUGAACCUUCCAGAAGAUUCUGGAGACAGACUAGUCUUUAUGACCAAAGACAGUGUGACCCGUCCCGCUCCGCCGCAGGUGCUGGGUGUCAUUGAUACUGAAUCAGUUUGUACAGAUUUAAAUUAUACGAAGGCGGGAAUGAUGCGAGUCGAUUGACUGGCACAGACCUGCGUUAUCCGCCAGGGGGCGCUGUGUGUCCAGGGCUACAGGAGUUUGAAGGAUGAAAGAGUAAAUCUGGACUGAUAAGAGAGCAAAUGCAUGUAAAAGGUGAUGAUGAGCAUUAAAUAUAUUUAUUAUUUCACUCAGAAAUGUUCAUUCUCACGUCAUUUCAAACCUGUAUGAUGUUAUUUUGUCCCGACGAGCACAUCAUGUUCAUCAUCCGUCAAGCUGUGAAAACUCUGAUGUUGUAUGAAAGAUUGAUUUAUACAGGUUUGGAAUGACCUGAGGACGAGUAAAUAACUUCAGUUUAAUUUUAGGGUGAAUUAUUCUUCAUCACAUUUGCUCACUGUCAUCUUGAGUUUAGGAGAUGUUUGUGAAGAAUCCUCUCUCUCUUUGGGCUUUUUAUAUAUGCUAUAAGUUUCAUAUAAUAUUUGAUACGAAUGACCCUUAAUUUCUGUAGAUUGUGAUGAUUUCAUGUCGAUCCUGAACUAAAGCUGAAGGUUUCUCACA